AUCUUUAGAUCUUAUGUUGAGCCUAUAAUGGAGGAGUCACGUGACAAGUACACAGAGAACACGACCACAACUGGACAGCUCACCAACUUAUCUCCUGACCAUAAGGCUAUCUUGGAGAUGCAUGCUAACAGCCAAUCAAACGCUAUAAUUUAUGUUGUCGUUGUACUUCUAUUGUACGCCUUAGGACUAAUAGUAGUGAUGGUGAAAUACAUAAAAACAGAGCGAUACGAAUCCCGAUUAUCUCAUCUCUACGAGGAGUUUGUACGAAAGGACAGGUUUGUCCGUCUCUCCAAACGCCAGCCUUCCAUAUCGGCGACAGCAAGAGCUCCUAACGCCGAUGGCGUAGAGGACAGCGUAGUACCUAAUUCCCCUUCAACUCGCUGUGCCCAACUAGACGCCACAAACCAAGCAGUUAGUAAGGUGUGAUAGGGAAAUGAAGUUAACUGAUUUGGGACUUGUUCAUGAAACGUUACCUAUAAAGAGAAUUGUAAAAAAGCUUGAAAAUUAUCAACUUUAUAAAUAUGACAGUGCGGAUUGGUUCCAAAAGCCUGAGAAGAGAUAUACUGUAUGAUCAGACUGUUUGAUAAACAUUACAUUAGCUUACCAAGAACUGAAGAUGCUGACACUUAUUUGAAGUACUAUGUAGAAAGUCUUAUUAUGAAGCUUUUAUUCGAAUUUUUGAUUUUCUAAAAACAACAGAUGGUACUUAUUGACUGUUUUUAAUCAUUAACUAUAUUUUUCACUAUGUUAAAAGUUUUAUGAUACUUUAUCAUAUACUGACAUCAUUUAUACCAAGUUCAAUUUCAGCGACAAAGUGACGUCCAUCAGAUAAAAAAAUAUGACUUCCUGUUAUAAUUCCAAGAUAUAAACACAAACUUAGGAGACCGGAAAUUAUGUCAAGGAUACCAAAGGUGUCUUUAAUGAAAAUAAAUAGGACUUUUACGACUAAAGUAACAAUAGUUUUUACUGCCUAUAUUCUAGGUAGUUGGACUAAAGUAACAAUGGUUUUUGCUGCCUAUAUUCUAGGUAGUUGGACUAAAGUAACAAUGGUUUUUGCUGCCUAUAUUCUAGGUAGUAGGUUUAAAGUAACAAUGGUUUUUGCUGCCUAUAUUCUAGGUAGUUGGACUAAAGUAACAAUGGUUUUUGCUGCCUAUAUUCUAGGUAGUUGGACUAAAGUAACAAUGGUUUUUGCUGCCUAUAUUCUAGGUAGUUGGACUAAAGUAACAAUGGUUUUUGCUGCCUAUAUUCUAGGUAGUUGGACUAAAGUAACAAUGGUUUUUGCUGCCUAUAUUCUAGGUAGUAGGUUUAAAGUAACAAUGGUUUUUGCUGCCUAUAUUCUAGGUAGUUGGACUAAAGUAACAAUGGUUUUUGCUGCCUAUAUUCUAGAUAGUUGGUGUAAAGUAACAAUGGUUUUUGCUGCCUAUAUUCUAGGUAGUUGGACUAAAAUAACAAUGGUUUUUGCUGCCUAUAUUCUAGGUAGUUGGACUAAAGUAACAAUGGUUUUUGCUGCCUAUAUUCUAGGUAGUUGGACUAAAGUAACAAUAGUUUUUGCUGCCUAUAUUCUAGGUAGUUGGACUAAAGUAACAAUAGUUUUUGCUGCCUAGGUAGUUGGUCAACAGAUCAAGAUUUAUCUACUACAACAGUUGUUGGAGCAUAAGAGUUUAUUUACAUGUAUUAUGACGUUUUUCCUGUCGGGCACUGAUUGGUCCUGUGCUAGAGCUUUGUACUGCGGAGCUAGUGAACCAGGGUGGAAUCUGUGCAAUAUGAUAAAACAUUCCCCAUUUCCUUUGGCGUGGAUGGUGGGUGGUAGGAUGCUGCUAACAGGCUACGCCCCCUCUAGUCAAUAGUUUAAAAUUAGGUACAACGGCAAAUAGCCUUAGUAGCUUUGCCAUAAAUACAAGAUACAAAUACAGUAUAGACAUUUUCCGUCAAAACAAUAGUUUUAUUUAUUUUAUCAAAUAGUGUCACAUCGUUCAAUUAAAGUCAAACAAGUUGUUAAAGGACAGAGUUUUUGAAUACUGUCAAGGACAGAACGACAAAAACAGGGUUCCACUCCGGUUAGACAAGAUCACGUUAUUUGUAAAAUUGAGUAAAUUGUUACACAACUAAAGAUAAAAUGUUUAACUAAAAAAAAUAAAACAUGUUGCUAAAUAUAAAUGUUUAUGAAAACUUUUCUGCUCUUAAAACACCGCUGUUGUUCAUGGUUCAUUAUAGCAUCGAGUUUAAUGUGUAAAAAACCCAUGCACCUAAUUCGAAGAAACUAAUGUUCAGAGUUCUGGUUUUCAAAUCAAAGUUUUAAUAUUUAAAGCAUGUUAUAGCAAUUACAAAACCCACCAUCGUAUGUAAAUGGAAUAUUAUCGUUCAACCACGCUCCUUUCUCAUCAUCUCACUCCGGAGUAUAAGGUAUUUAUAAGAUAUCAAAUUAAGCUCUGCUGAAUACGUCUGUUUGUACGCACCAAUAACUUUUUGCUGUUUCAGCAAAAUAUAUAUGUUCUAUGUUCAUGUAUAGCUUUGUGUACAUAGU